UGGAAAUUUUCCACUUGUCCUCAGCACCAAGACUCAGAGGCGCUUGGCACCCCCUCCACAGCAAGUACUUUCCUCCAGGAACAACGUCCUUACGGCGCCCAGGAUGUCUUCAGCUGCAGCUACCCGGUAUUGGUGUCACCAGUGCAUGCAGGAGGUCCGCGUUGCGCCUUCGUCCGAUGGCGAGCUCGUUUGCCCAACUUGCGGGGGAGGUUUUAUGGAGGAAAUGACCGAACCAGCGCCAGGGGUUCAAGCUGGCGGCGCAGCGCAACAGCCGCCCAAUCCUAUGGCCCCUCCUUUUGGCACUGGCUUAAACCCUUUUGAUCCUGGGCCUGCAGUCUUUCGGUUUGGGUACGACUCCGGCCAUGGAGGAGGAACUUUCCGAGUGGAGACCAACGCGACUGGGUUUGGACCUGGAGACAAUCCCAUUGACAUCAUUUCGCAGAUGCUGGCAGGGAUGGGGGCACCUCCAAACAUGGGCAGGGGGCAGUCAGGACAGCCUCUGAACGCGCCGAGCCCACUUCAGGCGAUCCUUGGACUUCUGGGCGGGAAUAUUCAAGUAGUGGUUGACGAUGGCACUGGGAACAGAGUACCUGGACAGAUGGGGGAUUACCAUUGGGGCAAUAUGGAGCAAUUGCUGGAGCAGCUUGCAGCUCAGGACCCAAACCGGCACGGGCCACCCCCCGCCUCAGCCUCCGCAGUGGCUGCACUCAAGUCGCUCAAAAUCACAGAGGAGGUCUUGGCCAGCGGUUCAGAGGAGAAGCAGUGCGCCGUGUGCAAGGACACGUUCGAGCUGGGGGACGAUGCCAAGGAAAUGCCGUGCAAGCACCUGUACCAUCCCGACUGCAUUCUGCCCUGGUUGAAGCAGCACAACACAUGUCCCGUCUGCAGAUACGAACUUCCGACAGAGGACCCUGACUACGAGAACAUUCGACAAGCGCGCCAGGGGGGUCAGUGGCAGGCCGGACGGGGCCCCGGUCAGCCGUCCACCUCAGCAGCAGGACAAGCGGGGGGCGCAUCCAGGGGGCCGAACCAACCGUCGGGGGGCUUUGUGAACAACAUGAGAUUCUUCUCGAAUCUGUUUGGAGGAAACAGGGGAGGGCAGGGGGGGCCUUCGACAUCUGGGUCGGGUUCGGGUUCGGGUGCGGGUUCAAAUGGAGGAACCGCAGGUGCAAGUGGCAGCGGAACGCAAGACAGAGGGACGGAGCAAGGGGGUGGUGGUGUGGGGAGAAGGAGGGAAACGGGCAGAGACGAGGAUGGAGAUGUCGAGAUGCGGGAUGCUGGCAUUGAUUGAUUGUUAGGUGGGCUUCGAAGAGGGCUGAAGGAACUUGUGUGAUGAUUGCGUACUGUAUGAUAAUUGCGUCCUGAAACAAGUGUCGGCAUCAUGACACUUUCCGAGUGGAGCACGACACCUCU